AUAUAUAUAUAUAUAUAUAUAUAGUGACAGUGUGGCGAUCUGUCACACCGGGAUUCUCAACAAGGCAGGUUGAGGGGCUCCAGGGUACUUUGUGUGAUGCAGAGGAAAGUGGCUUUUCACUUUCCUCAUGUCUUUGUAAAGUCCAUUUUGGGACCUGGAGCCUGGAGAUUUCAAAGUGAUUUGGGAGGGAUGAAAUCUCCAAUCCUGGGACCAGGUUUUGGGAAAGGCCAGGAUCCUGAUUGGUCAGGUGUGCAUGGCUCUCUUCUAGAGUCAGGACCAGGGUUCUGGGCUCCACCCCAGCAGACAGGAGUCAGGAGGGCUCCACCUUGGCAGACAAGAGUCAGGAGGGCUCCA